GUCUCUAGGGAUUCCGUGUAAGCUGACUUCGAAAACCUAACCAACAUAGCUUGUCGUGACGACUUAUCGGAGUAUUCUGCUAUAAAGAGGUUAAAAUAAGUCUUUCGAGGACAAGUACAACAAUAACUAACUAAUGAUGAGGCAACCACUGGGCAGCCCCACCUGGUGGCCCUGAAUGUCCCUAACCGCCACUGUCUAGCUCUUCGUUUUGUGCAGAGCUACUAUGGACAGCAAGGAAUCGCUGCAGAGGUAUCUACACGCUCUGAACUUUACUAUGAAGCCUGUUACGUUAUCUGGCAACCUGUGCAUAAGUGAACCCACUCAAGGUGGCGCUGUUGCUGGCCACGCUUCACCCCUGGCCCUGUCUCCUAACCUCCCCAAUAUUGUCAAGGUGGAACCCCGUCUCCCUAGUUCUUGUGUUGGUAAUCCCCCAGAUGCAGGAGGAGGUUCAAUUUUUUACUCAGCCAAACGACUCCGACAGGACGAUGGUACCUGGCUUCCUUCUCCCUCUCAGAUGUCCAUGGGAUCAUUGUCCCCUCCCCCAUACUUGAACGUUCACUCUGUGACGACGAGUAAUGGACUAUCCCCCAUAUCAGUUAGUAGUGAUGAUGGCAACAGUUUGUCAGGAAAAGAAGAACUGAGUCCUCCAACAAUUGGGAUCAAUGGCUGUUACGUUGACAGUUGUGGAGACUUUAAAAAGAAGACCAAGGGUCCUGCUCCUCGUCAGCAGGAAGAACUAUGUUUAGUGUGUGGUGAUCGUGCUUCUGGAUACCACUACAAUGCUCUUACUUGUGAAGGAUGCAAAGGUUUCUUCCGGCGCAGCAUUACAAGAAACGCGGUUUACCAGUGUAAAUACGGCAAUAACUGUGAAAUUGAUAUGUACAUGAGACGGAAAUGUCAAGAAUGUAGGUUAAAAAAGUGCUUAAACGUUGGGAUGCGACCCGAAUGUGUAGUACCUGAGUAUCAGUGUGCCAUCAAACGGGAAUCAAAGAAAGUACGGAAAGAUAAAGAUAAGCCUAACAGCACAACUAAAGACAGUACCUGCGAAAAGGAUGAAAGGCCUAACCAAGUAAAACCCCUGGAACCUUCCCAGGAAGACGUAAUUAAUAAGCUAGUCCUGUUUCAAGAAGAAUUUGAAUCUCCUUCACAGGAUGAUUUGAAAAAAAUAUCUACAUUUCCUACAGGCGACAGUGAGGAAGACAACCUUCAAAGGUUCCAACACAUUACUGAAAUUACCAUUCUCACAGUUCAACUCAUUGUAGAGUUCUCUAAACGUGUUCCUGGGUUCGAUACCUUGCUCCGAGAAGAUCAAAUUACUCUUCUUAAGGCAUGUUCUAGUGAGGUAAUGAUGUUGAGAACAGCCCGGAAGUAUGAUGGAAAGACAGACUCUAUUGUCUUUGCUAACAAUCAACCAUAUACACGGGAGAACUACCGCAGUGCCAGUAUAGGAGAUUCUGCUGAUGCUCUCUUUAGCUUCUGUCGAAAAAUGUGUAUUUUGAAAGUUACAAAUGCUGAGUAUGCUCUACUAACAGCUAUUGUCAUUUUCUCAGAGCGCCCUCACUUGCUGGAACCCAAGAAAGUGGAGAAAAUACAAGAAUUCUACAUUGAUGCCCUCAGGACAUAUGUGGAUAACUUUCGUCCUCCAGGGAAGAACUAUUUUGCCAAGCUUUUAUCUGUUCUCACAGAACUCCGAACACUGGGUAACAUGAACUCUGAGAUGUGCUUUUCUUUAAAAGUUCAAAACAAGAAGUUGCCUCCCUUUUUGGCUGAGAUCUGGGAUGUAAUGGAGUAAACCUUCAUCUUUUUGACCCACUUCAUUUGAAAUCAUUCCGUGUAAACUGAUUAUUUUUUGUAUACAUCGCUUUUUUGCUUCAUUCUUGCAGUAGGAGCUAACUAAGUAGAGAUCAUGUAUGGCUUAAAAUUAACUAGCCAGCUCCCAGUCUUAGUGGUUUGCUUUAAUUUUAAGAUUUUAACAAAUUCAUGAAUUACAUCCUUGAACUGCCUUCAGAUAUUGAUGAUGCUAAGAUAUGCAACAAAAAAGGUGCAAAAAUGAGCUCUUGGCAUAUUAAGGAAGUCUACUGUUCGUUUUUUAAAAGGUUGUGAUCUUGUUUUGACAAGCCUUUAAUUUCUGAACUCAUCAAUGAUGGUACAGGUUCUGUCUAUAUUAGCCACAGUUCUAAAGACAACGCACAAGCGUAAAACAUUGAUGUGCAAACUCAUAAUGGUCACUGUUUUCAAAUGAGAAACUUGUGUCAAUGUGAAAUGUGAACUCUGAAAAAAGAAAAAACAGAAACUUUGAGCCUGAUAUAUUCCCGGUGACCUAAACAAGGCAUGACAUCGGCUGUAGGAGAUGUUACUUGUGUCAUUGAUUUUGUUAAUCUGAUGAUAAUAAUUUUUAAGAGUCAUUACUACAUUCAAUCAAAGAACUUGAUUCAACUUUAUAAUAACUGUCUUGUUUAAUAGUGUUAAGAACUUUGAAUUUAGUUUCUGGUGCUGGUUUUUGAUAUAAUUCCAUCUGUGACAUACAUUUUACCACUGUGCAAACAAAGAUUAUUAUUGUGGCUGGAAAUAGCAUGUGACUAAAAGACAGUUUUAAAGCAACUCAUAUUGUACCAAAUGGCUAAAGCAACAGAUUGCUCACAUGCAUGUUGAUUGUAUGACUGAUAAGGAAUGCACAGGUAUAUGUAUAUUUAAAUUCCUUAAGGUGUUUAAUGACUCGGGCAUUAAUAGGGUGAAUGGUAGCUUUUUGUGUAGUGCUGUUAGUUUGCUUUUAAAUUUGAUGCCAUAAUGCUUCAUUGUUUUAGUUAUGUGACUAAUAUUUGUUUAAGAGCUACAAAUUAAGGAAUUGCAUGACAUAAUCAUAAAACAACACUUUAGAAUUCUCUGUGUAGUUUUGCUUUUUCUUAUUUUGUAAAUUGAGUAGUUCAGUAAGUUAUGUAUGAACUACAAAGCAAAUGUCAGUAGCUACUAAACAAGAUUUAUCACGUAGAAAAUCAUGAUGUUUCUUAAAUAGCUAUAAUUGUAAGAAUGAUGCUAAAAUUGUCUUUAAUAGUUACUGUUUACUUACCACAGCCACUUAUUAUGAUCUGCUAAUGACUUUGAUUGAUCUCUUAAGAAAUGUUGAAAGCAUACAUUACACAAUAUUAGAAAUUAACUUGUAGUUUUAUAAAUAUUAAAAUUAGAAUAAAUAACUGAAAUAAUAAUAAGUAAAUGAAUAUAUCACAGGUUUUUUCAGAAAAUUUAAAAUAAUGUUUCUGAAAUUAUGCCUUCAAAUUUAACCUGCAAACUAAUGUUGUAUUGCACAUAAUUUUGAAACUUGGCAUCAAAGAUAGGAAUACAAGUUAUGGAAAAAUAUAUUCACUUGAAUUCUUGUUUUUUUAUAUAUUAUAAUCAGAUUGGAAAUACUAUGUUCCAUAGAAUUAAAAUAUUAACAUUUCAAGAUUUGGUGCACAGACUAAUAAUCAAUUGUUAGAUGCUUCCACCCAACUAGAAAAAAUGUACAUUAUUAUAGAUGUAGGUCAUUCUUUUAUGUGUAAUAUUAGUGAAAUAAUCAUAGAUGAUAAAGGUUUAAAUGAGAGUAUUUAUUCAUUUGAUCUGAAAAAAAUUUUCAUGUGAUAAAGUAUUAAAAACAAAUGAACUUGGAUAGAAAAAAAACAAGUGCUUUUGAUAACAUGUUUGGAUAAGAAUUUUAUGAUUUAUGGGUAAGAGUAAUGAAAUAUAUUGUAGUCAUUGUUGACUUCAAGUUCUAAUGUGCAUUCAAAGCUUAUACUGUUUAUAAAAUGAGAAUUUUUUCACAAGUUUUGUUUGUACCUUCCCUCCUCAUCCUACAUUUAUUUACCUAUAAAUGUAACCAUUAUAGUUGUGUACUUAAGUUCCAAGGAAUAGUAAUAAUAUCCCUCUUUCUUUUUUUUCUCAAAAUAAUAGAGUAUAUGAAAAACAAAAUUACCCUCAUAUUAUUAAACUAACAAGAUCUCGCUUAUUAACAGUAACACAAUAUGUUAAAUAUAUAAAUUUUAGUUAAACAGUGCCUUGGACUUUAAAAAACUAUAGAGUGCACUAGUAAAUAAAAUUUCACCAUUUGAAAAAUAAAUUGGAAAUAAACAAAAUUGUAUGAACAAAGGAAGAAGAAAGAUCACAGUAAUUUAUAUAACUGAGAAAAACCAUAUGUUGUACCUCCGUCCAGCUAGGGUUGAAAUUGCAUAAACAUACACAUGCCUAAAAGAAAAUAUCCUGAUAAUGUAUGGUAAAUUUAUGUAUACAGUGUAUAGGGAGAAAUGAUGUUUUGUGUGUGAAAAUAAUGUUGGCAUUGCUACAUUAAACAAGUGCAAAAGUUCCUUGUGUAAGUUUCAAGAAUCUUCAUUGUUAUCAAAUCUGUGAAAAUGAGAAAUUUUGAGGUAAAAGAAAGAAAAGUAUAUUUUUAGGAAGAGGAGGGAAGACGCACUGAACUUGAGGCUUACGGGUGCAAAUGGACGAAACCUUGUAAUAUAUCAUUGUUAUUACUGAAUUUAUCUUUUAAAUCAAAAUGUUAAAAUAUAGUUCAUAUUUCUUUGUGAAAGUAUUUAGCACUUCAUAAUUUACCCAAGUUUGAAUAAUGGUCUAGUUAGUAGAUGUACAGGGAUAAAACAAUAGUUUGUAUAAUUCUGAAGAAAUUAGAUCAUUCCUGAUCAAUCACAAAAAAAUGCAUAGUGCUUGGAAAAUAAGUACAAGGAGUGAAGAUCCAGCACUAAUGUCUGAGUUCUAAUAUGGUACAGUGACCUGAGGCUGAAACUCUCUGUGUUAAAAUGUUUAGAUGUACAGAAAUGUAUGUUUGCAAUGUUCUAUAUUUUUCAAAUUAAAAAUUGCCCAAAUUGACAUGUAGAUUGCUUGGUUAUCUAUAAAUACCCAUCACUUCCAUUUUUUUUUUCACUUUUGGUUAUAGAAUAAGGCUUGGCACUCAAAAAUUUCCAGCUAGUGAUAAUAAAUUGAGGAACAUAUUAAUAUGUUUUGUUUUUUACACAAACACCAAGUUACAAAUAAUACAUAAAAAAGGUUUACCUAAGUAAAUAAAACAGAGCAGUUAGUACAAUCACUAAA